AUGGAAACAGAAAAUAACUUGGAGGGUUGUGGAGUUGAGAAAUUAGCUACUAUUAUAGCUAUUGGCACAACAAAUCCACCCAACUGCUUUUACCAAGCUGAUUAUCUAGAUUUCUACUUUCGAGUGACUAAAAGUGAACACAUGACGCAAUUAAAAGACAAAUUUCGACGAAUAUGUGAGAAAUCUACAAUAAAGAAACGUUACAUGCAGUUAAGUGAGGCCAUGCUGAAAGAGAAUCCCUGCUUAACUAUCUACAAGGCUCCAUCCUUUGACGUUCGUCAAGAUAUUCUUGUAAAGGAAGUACCAAAGCUUGGUAUGGAAGCAUCAUUGAAAGCCAUCAAAGAAUGGGGACAACCCAUUUCAAAGAUCACUCACCUUAUAUUUUGCACAUCAUCAGGGAUAGACAUGCCUAGUGCUGACCAUAAGCUUGCUAAUCUUAUUGGCCUCAAACCCUCUGUUCAGAGAUUCAUGAUUUAUAAAUCCACAAUGAGGAAAAUGUCGGUGUUGGAAGGCAAAGCCACCACAGGUGAAGGUCUUGAGUGGGGCGUGUUGUUCGAGUUUGGGCCAGGUCUCACGGUGGAGACAUUGGUGCUUCGUAGCUUUGCUAAAAAUUCAACACCAUAG